AUGGCUGGUGUAUUACUUUUGGGAGCUGGGCUAGGAGCCGCUGUUUCUAAACUAUCAGAUGUCAUCAUACACGUAUUAAGGAAAUCCUCGCAGUUUCGCUCUGAGCUCACUCAAAUACAAGAAACCAUCACGACAAUCAGGCCUAUGAUUGAAAACCUCCAGAAUCAAACUAAGGUAUCGGAUCGGCUGAAACAUGAACAUGGUCUGUUCAUUACUCAGAUAGUGGGCGCAGAAGCCCUAAUUCUGAAAUGCAAUCAUGUCAGAUGGUUCGAAAUAUACACUCACGCGGUCAAAUUGGAUAAGCUAAAUGUAUCGAUGCUGAAAUUCUUCCAGAUUGUUGUUCCGUUGGUGAUUCUUAAUCGAAUAGGAGAUCUGCAAGAAAGUAUAACGAAAGGGGAUUCAAGUCGUUCGUCUUCUGGGGUUCCAUUGCUGAAUGAUUCUGUGAUAGGAUUCGAAGAUCAAGUUAGGAAAUUGAAGGAGAUGGUCCUCAAAGAUUCAGUCGGUGAUGAAUGUUCAGUUGUAGUUGUUUCCGCUCCAGGAGGCUGUGGGAAGACUACUUUGGUAAAAACGCUCUGCCAUGAUCCCGAUAUUCAAGCAAAGUUCGAUAAAAACGUCUACUUCGUUACUAUCUCAGAGAGACCCAAUUUACAAAUCGUCAUAAAAGAUUUACUUGGGAACAAGGAAGCCGAUUUUAUUAAUGAUGCUGAUGCAAUCAAUAAAUGGGGAAGCUUUUUGAAUGGAAAUGAAUCCGAAAUACUAUUAGUACUUGAUGAUGUAUGGGAUGCUUCCAUUAUUAACAGCUUCAAAUUCAAGUUUCAUAAAUACAAGAUUCUGGCUACAUCUAGGACCAUAUUUACACAAUUUAAUACAUAUGAAUUGCAACUUCUGAAUGACCAUGAUGCAGCCAAGCUGUUUAGUUACUAUGCAGUUUCAGAACAUCAAAAUGAAGAUAUACCAGAUGAUCUUGUUGACAAGUUGCUCAAGUCACUGAAGUAUAGCAAGAAACAUCCGUUAACCCUUAGUGUCAUUGGUGGUUUGCUGAAGGGGAAACCCGUUGUAAGUUGGCGUGUCAUGUUGAAAAAACUGUCUGAUGGGCAGCAAUCUAUUUUGGAUUUGCAUCAGUCUAUAGAACAUUGUCUAGCACGAAGUUUAGAUGCACUUGAAAAAGAAUCUGAAAUGAAGAAAUGUUACUUGGAUUUGGGGUUAUUUCCUGAAGAUAAGAGGAUAUCGGCUACAAUGCUUAUGGACAUGUGGGUUCAUUUAUACAACCAUGAGGAAGACGGAUCUACUACCUUAGAACGCCUCUUAGAGCUCUCCUACCGAAACCUUGCAACUAUCUUAAGGAUAAAUUCACCUAAGAUUGCCAACGACUAG